UUCCUCGGUGUUAACUCUUGGUUAGUUCUCUUUUGCUCUUUUGCUGUGCUAUCCUCUGAAAAUCAAAACCAUGUAAAGAAAAGCGGGUAUAUCGAAUUACGAAUAUCAAAACAAACAUUGCGCGUUAGUACGGUGGUGGAAGCAGCAUGCGUAUGCGCUACUGAAGGAAAAUCUAAUUCUAGAAAACACUGCUGAACAGACAAAGAAAAAAUUUUUAAAUACAUGCUUCAUUACUUUUAGUGGAUAAAAAAGAAAAAUAAACAUUUAUAGACGACUACAGCGAUUUCUUGCCGGCAACGUCGGUCAAAUAAGCAUUGAUCAUGUCGGUGCAACAAUUUUGUUUGCGCUGGAAUAACCAUCAACCGAAUUUCAUUUCGGUAUGUUCCUCGUUACUACAUAAUGGAACAUUAGUAGACGUUACCUUAGCAGCAGAAGGACGACAACUUCAAGCUCACAAAAUUGUCCUCUCUGCUUGCAGCUCAUACUUUCAAACAUUAUUUACAUCGAAUCCCUGUCAACAUCCAAUUGUAAUACUUAAAGAUGUCCAAUAUGAUGACCUCAAGACUAUGGUUGAUUUUAUGUACUAUGGGGAAGUGAAUGUAUCACAAGAGCAGUUACCACACAUUCUAAAAACGGCUGAGAUGCUUAAAAUCAAAGGACUUGCUGAAAUGCCCACCGAUCCUGCCAAUUUAACUAAAUCUGAAAGUAAAUCAUCGAAUGAACCCACCGAUUUAGUGGGUAGCGGUAGUACUGGCAGUAACGGCCAAAGUAGCAGUGGUGUUACUAGCGGUGGCAUGGGUAGUAGUGCCGGUGGUAGCAUAAAUGAGACACUUUGGGAGCCCCAGCACCACCAUGGCCAACACGGUGAAACACAGUUUCAGUCUCAUCCCCAUCAACAACAACAAAACAGCCAAACGCAAACAUCACAACAGCAGCAACAACAUCAUCAAUUAAGACGCACUCCCUCACCAUUAGGUUCGGGGGCUUCACCGGCAACUAGACGAAAACGACUUCGGAAAUCUUCAAAUAACGGAUCUGGCGAUCGCACUAAUUCGGACGAGCAACAUAAUACUUCUUUGGACAGUGGAAACAAUACUGGUGGCAUAAGUCUUACACAGAUGAGUCAAAUGUCGUUUGGAACCACAGGUGGUUCCAUCAGUGGCAUACCAACUCACACUCUACACGCAACAAAAUUGUUAAAAGAAUCGUCUAGCACUGAGGUUGAACCACAUCCACAAGAUGAUAGCUUGGACGAUGGUCAUGGACACGUCCACAUGCAAAUUAAACCUGAAGUUGACAUGAGCAGCGUUCAGCAAUCGAUGCCAUUAGAUAUUUCUGCUGCUACAACACCUUCGGAACAUGAUGCACCAAAUUCUCAAUCAUCUCAUUCUGAUUUAUCACAGCCGUCAAACGCUAAUAUGUCCACAAUUGUCGCUCAGCCGGAAUGUUCACCACGCGCUGUCAAUAUGGCGAUGUCACCGUCACCUAGCAAUCUACUCUCUCAACAACAACAACAUCAUUCUCCAGCGCAAUUGCAACAUCAACAUUCACAACAACAGCAAAUGGGCACGAAACGUAAUCGUAUACUGACACGUCAGCCGCGUGUUAAACGCGACAGUGAUAGUCUUUCAAAUGCUCAGGCUUCACCCGAACCCAAUCAGGGAUCUUGUGUAGAUUUCGAUCCAUUUAGCAAUUCGCCUGGUGGUAGUUCACAUUCGAACUACAUCGCAGCCCAUGCACUGCAAUUGCACACACAUCCCAGUCACCAUCACCUGCUGACAGUGCCGCCGCGUAUAGAGCGUCACUCAUCCGAACCGGCUCCGAGUUUAACACCAUCCUCUCCACACUUGCUCUCUGUACCGCAGAGUACACCUUUUCUGAUGAAACAGCAUUCGGAUCCAUUACUGCCCACUCAACAUUCACUUAGUGGUGCUGGCGCAUUAAUCGUCGGUGGUGGUGGUAUUGGUGGCACAAAUCCUUUUGCACCGCUACAUCGUCAGUAUUCACAUCCACUAUCGUGUACAACAACCAGUAGCGCUAACAACAGUGCUGGCACUAGUCAUAUCACCAGCGUUCCACUACAGCAUUCACACCACAUAUCACUACCUGAAUCAAUGUACACGUCCGGCGGUUCACCACCACCUGUUGGUUCGUCGCAAUAUGUUGUGCCGCAGCAAAUUGUGUCCAGCGGUAGUAGUGGCACGUCGAACGAGCCAGGCAGCGGUGCUUCUUCAGCCAGUCCAUCAAAAGUGCUCAGCAUACCACACUUCACCACUACUUACAUUGAUGACAGCGAUUCACGUGGUCGCAACAAUUCACCCACUACUCCCUCAUCCAUGGGCGGUGUCCAUACUAAUACGUCAAGUAUUAGUUCAGCACCAUUGGAGCGUGUUCGUUCAACGGAGUCGAAUACACCACCACCAACAGCAACAACAGGCAAGAUUCGUAGCUCGAAAUCUACAUCUAGUGUUAUGUUACCGGAACGAAUGAGUAGUUUGCAUCCUGGAACCGCAGCCAUGGGCAGCAGUUCAUUUGAACACUUACCUUCGUUGCGUGUCAAGAGCGAGGAAUUACAAAGAUCAGUGUCUUCUCCACAAACCUCUCGGGAGAUCAUCACUUUGGAGAAUCCUCGUUCUAGUCAUUGUCCCGUUAUACGGCCCGGUCCGGCACUGGGCUGUAAUUUUUGUUGGAACACUAUAGACGGACAUGGUAGAAUUUUGCGGCGCAAAACCAAAUACCACUGUCCCGAAUGCCAAACGAAUUUAUGCAUUGUACCAUGUUUUCAAGAGUAUCACGAGCGGCAAAACAAUGAAGCGGCAAAUACUUCAUCCGGCAAUGAUGGCAAUAGUAAAUCUUACUCAGGUACCUCCGGCAGGAGUGGAAAUAGCGGCAGUGGCGGCAGUAGCACGCGACUCUAUUCCAAAACGGAAUCCAUUUGAAAGCGUUAAGUGUGCUGCAGAUACUUUGAAAACUAUUUAUUGUUGAACCAGCAGCAGUGGCUGCAGGAGACCAAAAAAAAAAUUGUUGUUUGUAAGGUGGGCCAAGUUAACCUUUGACUUUGGUUCAAAGGUGUUCAUCUUUUAAGUCCCACCUUUAAUUGAAAAAAAGAAAAUGUUAAUCAUAAUGUCUUAACUCCACUAGUGCAAAUUGAAUUUGCAUGGAGUGCAAGAUAUCAAUAUUUGUAUUCGAAAAACGAAAGAAAAAAUUGCUGCAAAUGUAAAAAACUGAAGAGGUUAUGUACUUGAAGCCAGAUUUGUACCAGCGUGUCAUUUUGAAGAGAAGACUAGUUGCUGUGCAACAAAGUCCAUUUUUAAUGCACCAGAGCAUGAUGCAUGAUGAAUUUUGUCAGUGCAAAUGGUAGAAAUGUACAAGGGCGUACACUUUUUUGUGAAUCUUUUUUGGUAUAUGUAUGUAUGUAUUUAAUGAGCGUGAGCUUAGUGCUACAUACGUUGUUUACGCACCAAGCAUUGGUACAAAAGAAAUAUUUAUAUAUAUUUUUCACAUAUUUUAUCUUUAAAAUGAACAACUCACUUUUUGAAUGUAAGCUGUUUUAAAAAUGCAAAAGUAAAACUAAAACAUAUAGACAAACGUAGGUAGUCAAAUGCAUACUUAUAAACUGGUUUUUGUUAAUUGCUGCCUCACACAAUUCCGAGGACACCCGCUCCAAGAGAGAGAAAAUGCUGUUUUUAGAAAUUUUUAGGAAACCAUCUAUGGCGCCUGAUUUAAAAAUCGCGUGCCAUAUCAUUUAUGCAGUGAGAGUGAUGAUUUGGUUAUCGAAUUGUGAAGUUAAAAAAUUAAUAUAAACAUAUGGACAUGCAUGUAUGUAUGUAUGUACUUGAGUUCUUAAACUAGACACAUAUUUAUUGGCCCUUUGCUCCCCCGCGGAGCCACAGUAUACAAUAUACAUAUUUAUUUUAGGCUUUAUAAUUUACUUACAUAUGCGUAAGUAUGUAUGAAUACAUAUAUCUCCAUAUGAACUCUGGUUUAAUCGUUGUUUUUUAUAUAUAUAUAUACACACACACACACUUUUUUUUAAAUAAAAUUAGACUAUUUUCCCCCGUUCAAAUGUGAAGUACCAAAUAUUUUUAUUUUUUCAUUUUAAAAUGACAAUAUGUGUAAUUUUUAAUACAUAUGGUACAUAGUGAAUGCUAAAAUCAUGUCAAGAAUAAACGACCACAAUAUUUAUGAAAAAUAUUUGAUAAUUUGAUUUUGUUUUUCAUAUUUUUUUUAAAUAUUUUUUUUAAAUAUUUUUUUUCAUAAAUAAUUUUUUUUCUUAAAUAUUUUUUUAUUUAAUUUUUUUGCAGUCUGAAAAAUUUUCUUAUGAAUGUUUUAUAAAAUUUUAUUUCCAAAGAUUGUUUUUAUAGCCGUUUAUUAAGAAUGUUAAUGCUUAAUUUAUUACCGUAUAAUGUGCGCUAUUGCAGAAUAAUACUUUCGGAUGAUCAAACUUGCGAAUUUUGAAAUUAAAUUUCGGAUUAAACUUCAAUUUUUAAUUCCAAUGUUAACCUACAUCCCAAAUAUCUUGGAUUGAAAAUUUAAAUUUUUAAUGUAAUAAUAAAAGUUAAAAUUUGAAAAAUUGCAUAUUCAAACUUUAGUUCCAAAACAUUUUUCAAAUUUAAAAAUUUAAGUAACAAAUAAAAAAAAUUUCAAACUAAAACCAUGAAUUAAACAUUGUGAAUCUGAAAAUUUGAGUAAUAAUAAUUUUUAUAAAGAGAUAAAAACGAAAGAUUUGCAUAUGUUUUUUUUUUUACAGAAAACAAUAAUUAGAAGGUAUUUAGUGUAAAUAAGACAACAAAAUCUAAACUAUGUUCAUAUUUGCUUCACAUGUUAGAAAACGAAAUGCGAAAAAAUGAAAAAAUGUGAAUUCUAAAACAAUUUGUUUAUAAUAAGCUUGAGAUUACAUUUUUUUUAUUUUGUAUUUGGGAUUAAAAAUUUAAUAUUGCGCUUAUUUAAAAUUUUCCGGAUUACAAAAUGAAAAAAAUUUAAAUCAAAUUUUAGUUAUUUUAUUUUUAAAUGCAUUAUUUCCAACCCUGCAGGUGACUAAACAUAUAUCGAAACUUGAUUUGUUUUAAAUAUUGCUUAUUAUAUUAUUUAAAAUUCUUUUAGCGGAUUGAAUUAAUGUAUUGUGUCAAUUAAUGCGGUUUCAUUUAUAUUUAUUAUGUAAGAAACUUUGAAAACCAAAAUAUUAUGUUUUCGAUUUAAAUUUAUUUACAAGUAACUUCCCAAACCUUAUUAAACUGGCUUUGUUUAUUGGAAUUUUUAGUAAAAAAGCAUUAUUUUAUUUAUUAUAUUUCUUCUUUAAGUAAAAAAUCUAAUUCAAAAUAUUAUUUAUUUUAAUUUUUAAACAAAAUUGAACAAAAAAAUUAAAUUCAAAAUUUUACUUAUCAUAUUUUUUAUAAACAAAAAAUACCAAACUUACAAAUUGAGUGUAAACAAAAAAUGUGUUGUUGAAUAGUCAACAAGUACCUUGAAUCUAUGAUUUGACAUUGAUUUAUUUGCAAUUGGUAAUAAAGGUUUCACUAUAGUGAUCGCAAUUGUUGAAUAACUAAAUUAUGAAAACAAAAAACAAAGCAAAGCCCUAGUUCUUACAAAAAAAUUUGUAUUUGUAUAUCAAUAUUGAAUUGUUGGCUCCAGGCAAAUGUGGUUUCAUUGAAAUGUUAAAAACUGACGCAUACACUUUCAUGGGCAUUCAUAAUAAAUAAUAGAAUACAUAUGUAUGUACAUAUAUGUAUGUACAAAAUUGUUUAAUCAACAUUAUUGUUAAGUAAAAUACCUCAUUUUAGAUUUCAUCUCUUAUUGCAGUUUAGUGUACAUACAUACUUAUGUAGGUAUGUGUGUGUACAUGAAACAUUUCAGCAGUGUAAUAGAAAACUGAUAAGCAUGAGCAAUUAAUUUUAGUUGCAAUCUUAUUUUUCGCAUCUAAUUUCACCUUUAAAUGUUGAGAAAUGCGCAACAACGAUUGACACUUAAUUUUAUAAACAAAAAAUUUAUAUGUAUAUGUAUACUUUAUAUUUAUGUAAGUACGUCUCGCUGUUAAGGCAGAUUUCAGUUUUACUAAUCGAGUCAAACGAGUGCGUAGUCGAAAACUCAGAAACAUAAACCAAAUUUAUAUACAAUUCUUUAACAGUCAUAUAAUUUAUUAAGCAACAACAAAGUUUUAGUUAUAGUUACAUGAAAUAUUGUUGCUGAAAUUCGUUAAUAUCAUAUUACACAAAUUGUAUAUUAUAUUUAGUUUUAAUUUGAAUUUGAAAGAAUUAACGAAGGAACACAUUUUAUGUGAGCAACCAUCAUAACAUACACAUACAUACAAAUGUAUGUAUGUAUAUAUGUUUGUUAUACGAUUGAAGGCCAAUGCCUGCGAGUACGUACGUAGUUAGAUUUGAAAGAUGUUUUUUUUAUUUGGUCAGCUACUUUAAUCUUAAAGUACCUGAUUAUAACUUUUAAAAACCAUUUUUAACACUACUAAAGAACAAUAUAUGACAACUGUUGUCAAAUAAACACAAAUAA